AUGUCGCAGCAGCGGGUGCUGCCGCAGAGCAAGGAGACGCUGCUGCAGUCCUACAACAAGCGCCUCAAGGAUGACAUCAAGUCCAUCAUGGACAACUUCACCGAGAUCAUCAAGACCGCCAGGAUUGAGGAUGAAACUCAAGUGUCUCGAGCAACUCAGGGUGAACAGGAUAACUAUGAGAUGCAUGUCAGAGCUGCAAACAUUGUCCGAGCUGGUGAGUCCCUGAUGAAACUUGUGUCGGAUCUGAAGCAGUUCUUGAUCCUCAAUGAUUUCCCCUCUGUGAAUGAAGCCAUCAACCAGCGCAACCAGCAGCUGAAAAGCUUGCAGGAGGAAUGUGACAAGAAACUGAUUGCACUACGGGAUGAGAUCUCCAUUGACCUGUACGAGCUAGAAGAAGAAUAUUACUCUUCCAGCUACAGUCUGUGUGACAGCAAUGAUCUGCCCUUGUGCGAAGCCUACUGGAGACAAGACCUGGCCACGCUGUCCCCCGAGAGCCUCUCCAUGCCUCUGACGAGUGCCCCGGCAGAGCCGAGCGUUGCCGCCCCGCAGAGCUCAACCCCAUCGCACCCGCACGUGAACGGGCACGGGGCAGGCCCCGUGGAGCACUCCUGAGGAGGCCUCCCUGCUGGCUGCCUGCAUGGAUCCCGGUGGCACCGAUCUGGGAAGCCUUCCCGCUGGAUAGCUUGCACAUCUCCUGCUGUAUUGCAGGCUGCUCCUGCCUGGAUAGCCACAGUGCGCUCUCUGGCCUGGGGCACUGCCACAAGCAGUCCUCCCCCUUGGCAGAAAGUAAAAAGAAACACAUUCAAUUGUUCUAACAAGUUUUGAUUAGGUUUGGUUACUUUAUCAUCGCCAUAUGUAGUGUUCAUUAGAAAUUCAGCAUUUAUUUCCAUUUGAGUCUCAACCAGCACAUGGUAGAGUGCUGGGAAUUCAGUGUCUUCUUUGGAGUAAGAUGUAAGCCAAAUCGGGGGGAUAGUGAGUUUUGGGUUUUCCUGUUACCUCAGCCUUUUUGGUUGUUUUAAGUCUUCCUCUUUCAGGAUGCCAUCAACCAACCUCUGUUCUACCUAACUGGAAUAAGAAUCUCACUGUAUUUCUUGCAGAGUACUCUACCUGCAAAGUACUUUAAAAACUUGAACUCUUUCCAGGUAUUAUUUGGGAGGAAGAUCUCCUAAAGGCACUUGCCAGCAGUAUUUUUCCUUUAGAAAGAAGGAGCAAAUAGAGGAAUCGCUGUGGGUUGGGUGGUGCAGCUUGCUCAGUGCUACAGACUGAGGCAAUCGCAGACUCAAAUCUGCUUCCUCUGAGUAUUUACACAGAAAGCUUCUGUUACUCUAGCCUGAGCUGAUGUGUUAUGAAGCUAGUGUUCAAAUUUCAUUUAGUGAAAAGUGACUAAAGACUACUGAAGGUGUACCUGACACUGAGGGGAUAUUAACUUUCUUGCAGUUUCCUUUUUAAGCAUUGCUUUCAGUGGUUUUUCCAGCUAGCAACUUGGUAUUUCUGCUGCCCUUCCCCUGUGCAGUUAAUUCUAACUACAGUGAAGGGAAGAGGUGCUUAAACUGCAAGAUGGUCGUGACUGUCGUGUUUGGAAACCACAGAGCUACUGCCGCGUUUGGAGCCGAUGUCUUAGCUGAGCUUGCCCCAUGUUUUCCUGUAACUUCCUUCCAAAGAUGUGAAUCUCAGUUUACUUUUAUUUCUCC